AUGCAUUUGGUGAUUGAAUGUGAUUUGGAUGAGAUUGAUUUCGACGACAAUGAUGUGGUAGAGCCUUUUUAUGACGAAUACAUUUAUGAAGUAAGAGGCGAUGAGUAUCAGAGAGCUGAAGUGUACGUGGGAAGUGAUUAUAAAAUUGAGGUCAAUGAGAAGUUUGGAAAAGACUAUAUUAUUAUGAUCGAACCUGAAGCUGCAGAGGUCAAAGGUGGCACAAUCAUUGCCAAAUCUAUCGGAAUA